UAAAGAUUGUUAGCGCCAACUAAUCGGUUUUGAAAAAGUAAUAAUUACAAUCAUAAUCCCAGUAUUUCUCAUUUGCAUUUAAUUAGCUUUAAUAGCACGUUUUACGACACACGUCCGAUAAAGAUACGCAACAUUUUGUGUAGUGAAAUUAUUGGGAAACCUGAAUAUGGCAGAUCAAAACACACCAGGGGGUGAAGGAGGCCCUCCCAAAGGCCUACCAGCUCUGAAAGCUCAUGUUAUAGCAAACAAAGUAGAUGUAGCACUCUGGGGCAUCCGACUUCUUACAGUUUUGUGCACAAUAGGAUAUUUAUUGCCUAUAUUUAACAACCCAGUAUCAGCGUUCUACAAGGCUCUCCUAGCGAAUGCAGCAACAUCAGCUCUGCGUCUACACCAGCGUAUCCCACCGCGGGAGAUCGCGUUAUCUCGGGAGUUCCUCGCCCGCUUCCUGCUGGAAGACAGCGCGCAUUAUCUCUUCUACUCACUCAUAUUUAUGAAUGUUGUACCCAAUAUAUUGAUAUUGACCCCGAUCUUCUUGUUCGCGUUGCUCCACGCUGCUUCAUACUCUCUCACAAUACUUGAUACUUUAGGUCAGAACUCGAUGUGGGUAGCUCGGCUGCUGAUCUCUCUGGUGGAGUUUCAAUCUCGCAACAUUCUGCGCGCAGCCGCACUCGCUGAGAUCGUUUUGUUCCCACUAGUAGUGUUUAUGGCGCUCUUUAGUUACUGCGGUCUGAUGACACCAUUUGUGUACUAUUACUUCCUGACGUGGCGUUACACGUCACGCCGCAAUCCAUACACUCGUAACACAUUCCGCGAGCUGCGUGUUGCGGCUGAGCGCGCGGCCAGCUCCCCCUCUGCGCCUGCGCCGCUCUCCCGCACACUGCGCAGCGCAGUCGGCCUCGUCUGCAGGAUGGCACCUCCUGGAGAACAUGUGCAAUAACGCUCGCAAAUUUAACACAAUUGAAUGAAUGCCAUUGGAUUGGUUUCAUUCGGUCACAUGAAGAUCCUUAUGGUUGUAUGAAGGAAAGACCAAGAUUUAAUUCUGUCCAAAAUAUAAUUCAUUUUUUUAACUUCACUGACCAACAUCCGAUAUUAAUUUUUACAUA